AUGCCUCAUCUGGUGGCUCUCCGCCAGCGACUCUCCGAGGAAACAGCCCGGCUAACUCGACCCCGCUUACCCCCAGCACCACAGACCGAAUAUCGAAAGCCCAAGAACCAAAUUCAUAUAUUGGAGACGGCGCCGAUUUCGGGGUUCAUCGCCGAGGCGGCCCUGCAACGGUUAGAGUCGCUGGUCUUCCAACACCACAGACCGAAAUUCUGGGCCCGGUAUGUGGAUGAUACCUUCGUCGUCAUCGAACGGGAUCAACUGCUGACAUUCAAGGAACAUCUGAAUGCGGUCUUCCCGGACAUACAAUUUACGAUGGAGGAGGAAGAGAACAACCAGUUGGCCUUCCUGGAUGUCCUCGUAUGCCGCAAGGAUUGUGGUGGACUAAAGACCAAAGUGUUCAGGAAAGCGACAAAUACGAUGCAAGUACUGAGCUUCAACAGCAACCACCCAAUCAGUCAUAAACGCAGUUGUGUAAGGACGCUCUAUCGGCGUGUCGAAACGCACUGCAGUGAGCCGGAAGACAAGAUUGCUGAACUACAAUACCUCCGACGGGUAUUCAAAGCCAAUGGCUACCCGGGCAACUUUGUCAACCGGUGCAUACGCAAAAUGGACGAAAGACCUAACCGCAGGGACACCAAAGUUUGGCGAGCGCUUCCAUAUGUCAAGAACGUUUCGGAAGCUGUUGGCCGCCUUCUCGCACCGCUGGGGGUUGGAGUUGCACACAGGCCAGAGGCAACCAUCAGGCGCCAAUUGAUGAAACCAAAAGGCACGGCAAGAAACGUCUGGAGUAGUUUAUCGGAUUUGGUGCAGUUGCGGACAAAUCAACUACGUCGGAGAAACCGGAAGACAGCUCCGAACGAGAAUGGCCGAACACGCUGCAGCAGUGCGGAGAAAUGA